AUGCUAUCCUCAUCGCUAUCGCUCGGCGCAGGGUCGCUGUUUCUUCUAUGGCUUUCGUCGCCUGCAAAGGCCGGGGAGUAUGAAUUGUUCGAGACCUGGCAAGGAAAGGACUUUUUCGAGUACUUCAAUUUCUACACCGGCGCAGAUCCGACAAAUGGAUGGGUCAAUUAUCUAGAUCAAUCUAGCGCAGAGAGCGCAGGGUUGGUGAAAGUCACCGAGAAAGGCACCGUCUACAUUGGAGUCGACCAUGAAACAACCCUCAGCCCCAGCGGUAAAGGUCGUGAUUCAGUUCGCGUCGGCACCCACAAAUAUUAUGGCCAGUCGCUCGUGAUUGCAGAUAUUGCUCAUAUGCCCGGAAAUGCCUGCGGUAGCUGGCCUGCCUUCUGGACGGUCGGCAGAGAAUGGCCUCAGGAUGGCGAGAUUGAUAUCAUCGAGGGCGUUAAUAUGCAGGAUCACAACGAAAUUGUCAUGCACACGGCCGGAACCUGCGCAUUGACGGAUGAGGGGAUGUCUGGAUACGUCAACGCGACCACUUGUGGAGAGGCACUGGGUCCAGUGGGAUGUGUUAUCGAAGGUCAAAAAGGCAGCUAUGGUGAUUCAUUCAACGCACAAGGAGGAGGUGUAUAUGCUAUGGAAUGGACCGAGCAGUUCUUGAAGAUCUGGUUCUUCCCACGUCAUGCAAUUCCGGCCUCGAUUACAAGUGGCGAUCCAAAUACCCAGGAAUUCGGAAUGCCCAUGGCUCUCGUGCAGGAAGGUUGUGAUGUCGCGAACAGUUUCAAGGCGCAGUCAUUUGUUUUCGAUGUAACUUUCUGUGGUGACUGGGCUGGUGGUGUCUUCGGAGAGUCUGGCUGUCCUAUGACUAGCUCUGAUUCUUUCGCCAGCUGCACCAAUUUUGUCGCCCAGAAUCCCCAGAAGUUCAAGGAUACCUACUGGGAGAUCAACUCUGUCAAGGUUUACCAAACUGGGGUGAAAGGUCCAUCCGUACCAUCUUCUCCGCAUACCUCUGCGCCUCACGAAACCUCUGAACUGCCAUUUACUGAAAGUCACACUUCGAAAACCCACACAAAGCCAGCGCAUACUUCGUCAGAGACACAUGCUGUUGAGAUCGAGACUCAUGCUACCAAGGCUGUCCAAACUUCCCCAUCGAUUCCUACUAAGCCUGUCGAGAAGCCUACCCAGGCGUCUGAGCAGAUCUUCAGUGUCGAAAACGUUGCCACAUGGCCCGCCGCUGCUCAUAUCUCCCAGGUCGCAUCUGAGCCCGUACCUGAAGCACCAAUCGAACAGCCUUCUGUCACUGAGCACCAUAAACCCGCCGCCACUAGAUACGUCACCGAGUUUGUCACCGGUACUAUCUCACUCUGCUCUUCUGGAGAAAACUCAUCACCGGCUCCGCCUGCCACCUCUGCCGCGAAGCCUUCAAUUGACAUUUCGCAAGCUCACCACUCCAUCCACGCCAAUCACAAUUCAGCUUCACCUAAAAUUGAGCCUCCGACUGUGUGGCAGAACGUGAACCAGGGCGCGGAAGAGGCCAAGAAGCAACCUCAUUCUGAAAUCACCACUCCUUCUGCCCCAUCAACUCCAACCGGCAUUCCCCAAGGCUUUUCAGCACCAAGCUCGGUCCCAAGUGGCGCAGAUGCUCUUCACGGUCGUCCCUCAAGCUCAGAAAUUCAAAUGACGAGAUUGAAUGUCCCUACCACGUCUGCUCAAUCCUCCGCGGCUGGCCCUGGAAAGAAUUCAGAUCCUGUGAAGCCCCAGCCAACCGGCGCAUCGCCGCAGACUUCCAAGCCUAUUAUCCCACGUCCAUCUGGAAGCUCCGCUGCCUCUGGUAGUGCUUUCCACUCCUCUUCAGGAGCUCCGGGCGCAUCGGGCUCUGCCAUGGGCCAGGUAUUCACUGGCGCAGCGGACCGGUUGUCUCUCAAGGUUCCCAUGCUUUUCGUUGCCUUUUUCCUUACCCUGGCUGUAUAG